GUUCCGUACGGUGUCAUCAUAUCGAUUUCAUCUUAUCGUCUUUCUUGUUCAGGACGUACAUGCUCAAGUCUUUGUGGUUCAGCUCCAGGGUCCCACAGCCUCGCCACGGCACGACCGCAGUGUUUCAUUUGUCCGAGUUUCGUGACCAGUACUACCGUCAUCUCAGGAUACACCACUCCCCCUUUCGCGUGCUACCGGUGCGUAACCUCGUGGCCGCCGCCGCGAUGUCGCUCAAACGCAAAGAUCCUCCGACGUCGACGGGCGACGGUGCAAAGAAGCAGCCUAAGACGAAAAAUUCCGACCUCACCUCAUUCUUUGGACCGCCCAAGACGAAGACGAGUAAUAAUAAUGGUACCCUUGCCGGUGCGGCAGGAAGUGUGGCCGAUUCCACACCUGUCUCAAAAUUCGACAAGGACAAAUGGGUUGCAGGGCUGGGCGAGGAACAGAGGCGGUUACUCAAGUUGGAAAUUGACACGCUCGAUCCCAGCUGGCUGGCGCAGUUGAAGGACGAAGUCACCAGUCGAGAGUUUCUGGAUUUGAAGCGGUUCCUGCAAAAGGAGGUUGACUCGAAGACAAAAAUCUACCCUCCCUUGGAGGACGUGUACAGCUGGUCCCGCCACUGCCCUCUCCACAAGGUCCGCGUGGUCAUCCUCGGACAAGACCCUUACCACGGCCACAACCAGGCCCACGGUUUGUGUUUCUCGGUGCGUCCGCCGACCCCCGCGCCUCCGAGUCUGCGAAACAUUUACACGGCCAUCAAAAAAGAUUACCCCGGGUUCAAUCCCCCACCCAAAAACUCGGGCGGUCUGCUCACCCCUUGGGCGGAUCAAGGGGUCUUGUUGCUCAACACGUGUCUGACCGUGAGGGCGGGCGACGCGAAUUCGCACGCGAACCACGGGUGGGAGAAGUUCACGCAAAAGGUCAUCGACACCGUGGUGAAGCUGAGGACCAGAGGGGUCGUGUUUCUUGCCUGGGGCAGUCCGGCGCAGAAACGGUGCGCCGGCAUCACGGGGGCCCGGCACCUCGUUUUGAAGAGCGUGCAUCCGAGUCCGCUCAGCGCGCACAGGGGGUUUUUUGACUGUGGUCACUUCAAAAAGGCCAAUGACUGGCUCGAGAGUCGGUACGGGCCGGAAGGGGUGAUUGAUUGGAAUCUCGACAAGAAGAGUGUGCCGAUAAAGGGGCCGUCGAAAGAUGUGCAGGAGCCGGUCAAGGUCACGGAAGAUCAAGAACGAACCCUGAAAGAAGAUGGGCCGGUGACGGAAUUGGUCGAGAAGAGCACUAGUGUUGCCAAUGGAGAGAAAGAAAAGGACAAGGACAAGGACGAGUUUGAGGUUGACGACGAUGAUGACGAUGCCAUUGCUGCAUUGGAAGAGGUAGCGAGACUCGAAGCAGAAGCUGAUGGGAAGGCCAAGGAAAAGGAAUGA